ACGAUAACAGUUUUGUCAGCACUGACAGCAGAAAGUAGCAGGGAAGCAGCCACGUAUAUGUGUGGUUUUGUAACGCCUAAAUCAUCACUUUUUUAGCUCUACAUUCAUCCCAUGACUCGGUUGCUUCAACCCCACCUCCUUUCUCUUUCUAAAACUCAGGUGCCAUUCGAUUCAAUAUUUCGAACCCUCUUUUGGCCUCAUGGACGCUAUACUCGAGUAACUGAGAUAGUGCGAGGUCGUGUGGGAUUGUUAGCAAAUGAAAACAAACUUUAUGGAUUUAGAACCUUUUGCACUAGCGAAGACUUGACGACUAAAAAGUGUGUGCCAUGCAACUCAAAGGAAAUGCGUCCCAUGGCUGAAGAAAGUGCACAUCAUCUAAUUCCUAAGGUAGAAGGUUGGAAUUUGGUGAAGGAAGAUGGUAUUUUGAAGCUGAAUCGGUCAUGGAAAGUGAAGAGCUUUACCAAAGGGUUGGAGUUCUUUAAGUUUGUGGCUGAUGUUGCUGAAGCAGAAGGUCAUCAUCCAGAUCUUCAUCUUGUUGGAUGGAAUAACAUUAAAAUUGAGAUAUGGACUCAUGCAGUUGGUGGACUGACAGAAAAUGACUUCAUACUUGCUGCUAAGAUCAACAAGCUUGACCUGCACCACCUGCUGAGAAAAAAGGUCUCUGCUUGGAGAUUGAUAAAAGUUGUGCUGGCUUUCUAGACUUUUAUGAAGAAACCCCAUGUAAAAGGAUUUUUUUGCUAUCUUCAUGUUUGUUAACAACAAGUAGUUCUAUCUUGUUUUUUUUUUCAAAUAAUGAACGCCUGAAUAACAUGAUACUGGUUUGUAUAAGCUUUAUAUGCUUUAUGUUUCAGCGUCUUGAUUGCUUUUCUCAUAAAGAUUUCUACCUCUUUUAGCUUGAA